CACAAUCGUUGCUAACUAUCUAAUGUGUCAAGAAAACACAUAGUAAUUUUAAAAAGUAGAACAGUGAUAUACUUUACAGACACGGACGAUAAAAUGCCAGUUUGUUUAGGCUGAAAUGGAUUUAGAAAACAGUUAUUCGUAUCCAUUUGUUAGUGACAGGAUAUCACCGGACAGCGAUAGUUCAGAAUACAUCAUUUCGUGGGAAGUUCUAGACUUCGAUAUAUCGGAACCAGACGGAAAAUGGGAAAGUAUUGCAUACUGCAGUCCUGUUUUAGAGGCAUGGGGACGUUGGGAUCCUGAAAUAAGGCAUUCUGUUGGCCAGGCUCUCGGUACCUUCUCCGGUCGUAAAGAAAGAAUAGAACAGAUCAUUGACUACAUGACAGGUCGUAUGAUACAAGUGACAUCAGAAGACUUGUUUAGUUUAAUACGUUUAGCUGACAUGCUGCAAAUUGAGGAACUGUAUAUGUAUUGUAAAGAUCGCAUAAAAAACCUUGCACUAACUAAAAGCAACUUUUACAAAGUACUCCAAGUGUGCUCUCUAUACGGAUUCGAACAUGAACAAAUUGAUGAAUUCAUUAGAUGUAAUCUAAUAGAACUAUGUAAGGAAACUGAUAUCCUAAAGAUAGAUGCAGCAUCUGUAGAUAUGCUUCUGACAGGAAACGAUCUGGGUUAUUGGCCGAUGCAAAGCCGAUUUGAAAUGGCAAGAGACUGGUGUGAAUUUCAUGGAAUCUAUACAUUCUUUGAACAAUGGUUUGACUCCUUAGAUUUGAACAAAAUGGAAGGACACUACUUAAACAAAGUUGUCAAAAGAGACUACUUUGUAAGGAUGGCACCUAAAUGUUUACAUAGAGUAGAGGAUCACCUAACUUUCAGGACAGAUUCAUCAGUACCAUUUGUUUUCAUCCUCAACGACAAGCGAACUGGAUCAAAUGUCGUUGGAUUAAACCUUGAAGAUAUGAAUCUUUAUAGAUUUAAAUUUCCAGAAAAUAUGAUGAACGCUACUUGUGUUCCUUGUUUGGACGUACCUAAAGAAGUGCUUUCCUUUGAGGAAUCAAAACGGCGCAUAUAUUUAUAUGACAUAAACAGUGGUAUUUGUAAAAAGAAGUCCAUAAUUUCCAGGGGGAAUUAUCCAUCUGAUAUAAGCCACAUAUUGGAAACAAACAAACGCUUGAUAAUUAUUUCAAAGGGAUUGUGUUCAAACGAUGAUGGUAGUGCAAGAUAUCCGGGUAUGAAAAAGCAGACAUUGGGUUCAGUACUGUAUCAAAGUGUCAACGAUAAUGGAAAAGUAAUUGAAAUAGAACCGCUAAUGUCAUUAGCAUUUCUCGUGAGCUGUGCAUGUUGCAGCCAAUCAUUUAUUGUUAUGUCAACAGCGACACAUUCAAAAAGGUCAAACUUGUACUGCUUCAAUCUUGAAACAAACAAGAUGAUGGUCAUUAAUAUACCUUUCGAUGAAGAAGGUUACAGAUUCUUUGAGAGAACAGUGGUAAAAUGUUUGCUUCCUGUGCAUGACAAGAUUCUUGUAUUGACCAGGUUAACGUCCAUUUUGGUGUCAAUAGACCAAGAAACGGAAACCUACAAUACUGAAAUUUCAAAUUUCACACCAUCCGAAAAGGGAAAUCCUCAAUACAUGUUUGUGUCUGAUCUUUUGGUAGAAUUGAAUGCAAAAACGGUUCGCCUUUAUCGUAAAAGUAAGGAACGAAGUUAUUUUGAGAUGUUUCGUAUUUUGAGCUAAAUAGAUUGAACAGUUUUUUCAAACCAGUAACAUGUGCCUAUGUCAAACGAACAAUACCCGUCUGUCACAUGUUGUGCCCCCAUUGUGACCCAAAUGCCAAGGAAAAGGAGGAGGAAGAUAAACGCAGACAAGAGGAAGAAGAGAGGCAAAAGAACAGAAUAGUUGUAUGGAAUAGAAAUGACUCUGAUUAUUUUUAUGACUAUUCUUACUCUUCUGAUGAUUACAAUUACAGUGAUGAUUAUCACUAUGAUUCCGUGCCCCAUGGGGAAAUGAGGAUAUGGGAUGCCAGUGCAGACGAGUUUGUUAUAGUUUUAGUUUGAAAAAAAAACCACAAUGACUUCUGUAUGAAAUAGAAUAAUAUUAACUUAUGGUCAAACAAACAACAAAAAAGAUAAAUAUGUUUUAAUGCAUGACCCAUGCAUUUUUCUUUGAGAAGGGCUUAAUCAUUAUUUGUAAGAAUUUGCUGCACAACCCAUUUGCUUUUGUUAUAUACUUAUGAUUUAUACAUGAUUUUAAAUAAAUGACCUGCAUUUAAAUUAAACAUAAUUUUAACAUAAUUAUUGUCAGUCAUAAUAUUUAUAACAGUUAAUUUAGGUUUGAUAGUCUAACAUAAUUUGUCUAUCACUUUUAUUUUAUUUACAUCAAUAUGUUAUAUAACUUUCAAAUGGUUCAAAUCGAAAGGGACCAUAUAAAAUAAUAACUUUAUGUUUCUGUCUAAUGUUUCAUUGAACCAGCGAGUUGAAUACAUGAUCAUUAAACAGGUACAUUGCAUAAGUUAGGAGGCAAACGAUGAUUGAGGUUCUUCCCAUGUUUAUAUGUGUUUAAAAUGAUAACCUAAAUUCUAUAUAUGCAUCCUGUAUUUCUUUCAUUUGACAAAGGAAUAUCUGUUUUUAUCGUAUCUGAUAAACAUUUUCGUGAAAUAUCAGGCUAUAUAUUCCAUCAACAUUCAAAUAUAAAAUUAACCUCAUAUUUUCUCAUUAAGAAUUACAUGUAAGACGCUAUGUUGUUUUAAUAGUUUGAUUUGAGUGUAUUUCAUGUACAAUUUCUUGCCUGUGUUGUAUAUAGAAUACCAAAGACAUUCAUUCUAUUAUUUACAAUAAUUUAAGCGACUGAACAAAAGAAGACUAAUAUAUCUGUCUGCAGACAAUUGUGUUAAAAAAUGCAACUGCUAAAAUUAUAAUGCAUUACCAUUACCUGGCGAUGUAUCUCAUUAAAAUUAACAAUUUCACUGUUUUCAAGAUGAUGUAUAACCAUUAUGACAUGUCUUGGGAACUUAGUAAUUUAUAUGUUUUGAAUUUAAAAUGCGAUUAUAUUGUCUUUUAUAUGAGUGAUAUAAAACAUCAAGGGCCAUUUGCAUAAUUAAAGUUUUGGUCACGAUUAAGGCAAUAUCAUAGUCUUACUAAUCUCGAGUUUAUUUCUCGGUUGCAUAAUGAAAAGUUAUAUCUGGUUUUAGCUAGUCUAAGACUAUCUGUCCAGAGGUUAACAGUUCUUCAGUUUUAGUUACCUUUCAGGUAGUAUAAAAUUGAAUUUGUGUCGUUUUACUGCAUAAGUUUCCCCGCAUUGGUUGAUCUUUAUUACUCUCAGAAUGGUUAUUUAUAAGAUCUUAAACGUGCACAAGUAAAACACAAGUAGAGUUUUUGAUGCUAAAGCAUAUCAAGUCGCCGGAUAGAACUAUGAUUGUAUUAUCAUAAAUAAAAGAAAAUAUCAGUUUAAUGUUUCGAGUAUAAAGAAAAGAGAAACAAUAAGUUGAGUAAUGUUUAUUCAUAAACACGUUUUCAUGUACUUGCCACAUUUAUAUCUUUCUUGCUAUAAACUUUGUAAAAGAGUUUUAUGCAUUAAAUUUAUGUUAUGUUAUAAUAAAACAUAUUUGAAGCAAAAUUUGUCAAGAAACUGUUAUCAUUAUUAAAUAAGCAAGUAUUGUUUGGCAAUACCCGAGACUUAUUAAUUUUCGGGAGGUGUUUCGUUAGUUUUCAUAACUUUUUAUAAUUAAUGUUAACGAUUUUAUUGUAA